AGGGAGGAGGGAGGCAUUUGUGCUCUGAGUGUCUCCCUCGCCCCGGAUCUCGCGUGCGCGCGCUGCGGAUCCAACAUGGAUCUGGAAAGCAAGAUCAAGAAGAUGGGCUUAGGACAUGAAGAAGGAUCUGGGGCUCCUUGCUUGAAGUGCAAAGACAAAUGUGAAGGAUUUGAGCUACAUUUCUGGAGGAAAAUAUGUCGAAACUGCAAGUGUGGGCAGGAGGAGCACGAUGUUCCCACUAGUAACGAGGACGACCGCAAAGUGGGGAAGCUCUUUGAGGAUACAAAAUAUACAACCCUCAUUGCAAAGCUGAAAUCGGAUGGGAUCCCUAUGUACAAGCGCAAUGUUAUGAUACUGACUAAUCCAGUGGCUGCCAAGAAGAACGUGUCGAUCAAUACUGUGACUUACGAAUGGGCACCUCCUGUUCAGAAUCAAAGCCUGGCAAGACAUUAUAUGCAGAUGCUUCCCAAGGAGAAGCAACCCGUGGCUGGCUCGGAAGGUGCUCAGUACAGGAAGAAGCAGUUGGCCAAGCAGCUGCCCGCACACGAUCAGGAUCCGUCCAAAUGCCACGAGCUGAGUCCUAAUGAGGUGAAGCAGAUGGAGCAGUUUGUGAAGAAAUACAAGAACGAGGCGCUCGGGGUGGGAGAUGUCAAGCUGCCGAGCGAAGUGGAAGGCAAAGCUGCCGGGAAGGAUGUCCCGACUAAUGGGGAGAGAGGCACCCCGGCCACCGUAGGAGCCAUGGAAGACAAACUGGCUGGUCCAAAGGCAUCCCAAUAUUGCUGCUUCCGGUGCAAACUGAGCAUGAAGGAAGGGGACCCGGCUGUCUACGCCGAGCGGGCCGGCUACGACAAACUCUGGCAUCCGGCUUGUUUUGUCUGCUGCACCUGCAGCGAGCUCCUUGUGGAUAUGAUCUACUUCUGGAAGAAUGGGAAGCUGUACUGUGGCCGACACUACUGUGACAGCGAGAAGCCCCGCUGCGCUGGCUGCGAUGAGCUUAUAUUCAGCAAUGAGUACACCCAGGCCGAAGGUCAAAGCUGGCAUCUGAAACACUUCUGCUGCUUUGACUGCGACUGUGUCUUGGCUGGGGAGAUCUACGUCAUGGUAAACGAAAAGCCUGUCUGCAAACCGUGCUACGUGAAGAAUCAUGCCGUGGUCUGCCAGGGUUGCCACAAUGCUAUCGACCCCGAAGUUCAACGUGUGAGUUACAACAAUUUCAACUGGCAUGCCACCACAGAGUGCUUUCUGUGCUCCUGUUGCAGCAAGUGUCUCAUUGGCCAGAAGUUUAUGCCGGUAGAAGGAAUGGUUUUCUGCUCGGUGGAAUGUAAGAAAAAGAUGAUGUCCUAAUGGGAAGAGAACCCGGAUCAGGCCAAGUUUUGCUUUACUUCAGAACCCUCUGCAUUUCUACUGUAUUGGGGCGUUUUUUAAAACAAAAUUGAACGUAUUAAAUGGCAAAUUCCAAAGAUUCUUUUUUUUAACAUUUCUAACUUGAUAGCUUUUGAUUAAGUACUUCCAGCACUUCUGUAUUCUUACUACUUUGUUACUACUUGUUGCAAAUGUUACUCACAUAUAGGGAGCCUGAUAUUCCUGGUGUAUUUCAAAGACUAGAUGCUCUAAAGUGUUCUUUUAUACACAUUUUUAAACAAACUAUGUAAAAAUAAAACAAUGACUUGGUAUGUUGUAAAUCAGUGUUUCCCAAACUGGGGUCUCCAGCUGUU